AUGGAGCCAGCUCAACAAUACUUUGGAUUCGAUCACAUUACUUUCUGGGUCGGUAACGCUUUGCAAGCCGCCGGUUGGUAUAAUGCUCGCUUCGGUUUCCAGAACAUCGCCUACAGAGGUCUGGAGACUGGCGAUCGCAAGUACGUCACCCACGUCAUCAAGCAGGACAAGAUCAUGAUGGCUUUCGUCUCACCACUCACCACCAACGAUGAGGAGUUUGCCGAGCACAUGAAGCUCCACGGUGACGGUGUCAAGGAUGUCGCCUUCAACGUCUCUGAUGUCCAGGGCAUCUUCAAGCAGGCUGUCACCGCUGGUGCCAAGCCAAUCAGAGAGCCAGAGGUCAUCUCUGACGAGAAUGGUUCACUCACCAUUGCCACCAUUGCCAGUCCAUACGGCAACACCACCCACACCUUCAUCGACAGAUCCAACUACAAGGGAGUCUUCUUGCCAGGAUACUCUACCUCUGUCCUCAAGGACCCAUUCUCAACCAUCACACCUGCCGCUGGUCUUCUCCACAUCGAUCACAUCGUGAGCAACCAGCCAGAUCUCGAGAUGACCCCAGUUGUCGAGUGGUACGAGAACGUUCUCAAGUUCCACAGAUUCUGGUCCGUCGACGACAAGACCAUCCACACCGAGUACUCAUCGCUGCGAUCGAUCGUCGUCACUGACGAGAACGAGCGUGUCAAGAUGCCAAUCAACGAGCCCGCCAACGGCAAGAAGAAGAGUCAGAUCCAGGAGUACGUCGACUUCUACGCCGGCGCUGGUGUCCAGCACAUUGCCCUGCGCACUGAGGACAUCAUCACCUCGAUCACCAACUUGAGACAGCGUGGAGUUCAGUUCCUCUCUGUUCCAAAGUCCUACUACAUCUCCCUCAAGGAGAAGUUGGCCCACGCCCCAAUCACCGUUAAAGAGGACCUCGACAAGUUGGAGGAGCUCCAGAUCCUCAUCGACUACGAUGACAAGGGAUACUUGUUGCAGAUCUUCACCAAGAACGUCGAGGACAGACCAACCGUCUUCUUCGAGGUCAUCCAACGUAACAACCAUCAGGGAUUCGGCGCUGGCAACUUCAAGGCACUGUUUGAGGCUAUCGAGAGAGAGCAGGAGAAGAGAGGAAACUUG